CUUGGACAUACGGUGGAAAUUGAUCCCGGGGUUAAAGCUCGCUAAAAUCCGAACCGCCCGACGAAAGCUUAGCCAAAAAGCGUGACGCCCGACGUCGGCGAGAAUUGCCGGUCGGCAGACCCUCGGGGGGCGUUUUCGAGGUACACGAACCGCCACCCGGCGAAUUUUGAUAUCCUUCACGAGGGAUAUAUUGAUAGUCGGCUUGACUGCCUUUGCCUGAAUGGCUGUAACAGAGGCUCAUAUGCAAUUGAAUAUCAUGUAAAAUUUAAUUGAUUGGCGGUGUCGGACAUCCUACCGUGUCAUUCAGGCAUUAGUAAUGGGAUGAGGGGCAACAAGUGGGGAGGGGCAUUUUUUGGGGAAAGAAGACGGUUCACGGUGGAUGCUGCUCAUUUGAGGCAAAGCCCUGUGGAUAUAUCUAGUCGCCAUUCCCUCCCUUGACAUCCUUGUCACUAGAACUGUUCCAUAUACCCCUUGUCUAUACUUCCCAUCAAUACCCCAAACCUAACCACCCGUCACCAUGGCCUCUAACCCUCCCGGAGCUUGCUGUGCCCAGGGCUUCAAGCACGAAGGCACCCCUGUCGGUGAAGUCAAGAAGAUCAACAACAUCGACACCUACAUUGUCUACCCCAAGGACAACAAGACCCCCGAGAAGGCUGUCCUCUUCCUGAGCGACAUCUUCGGUCUCUUCAACAAUGCUAAGCUCCUCGCCGAUGAGUUCGCCAACAACGGAUACCUGUGUGUCCUCCCCGACCUGUUCAGCGGCGACGCCAUCGACCCCGUCGCCAUGGAGUCCGGCAAGUUCGACAUUGGCGCUUGGUUCCCUAACCACCAGCCCGCCAACGUCGACCCCAUUGUCGAGUCGACCAUCAAGUACAUCAAGGGAGACUUGGGCGUUAAGCGCAUCGGCGCUGUCGGUUACUGCUUCGGUGCCAAGUACGUCUGCCGCUUCAUGAAGGACGGCCAGAUCGACGUUGGUUUCAACGCUCACCCCUCUUUCGUCACCCACGAGGAGCUCGGCGCCAUUCAGGGCCCUCUGUCCAUUGCUGCUGCUCAAAUCGACAACAUCUUCACCACCCAGCUCCGUCACGAAUCUGAGGAGACCCUCAUCAAGACUGGCAAGCCUUGGCAGAUCAACCUGUACAGCGGUGUCUCCCACGGCUUCGCUGUUCGCGCUGACCUGAGCGUCCCCCACUUCAAGUGGUCCAAGGAGCAGGCUUUCUGCCAGGCCGUCAACUGGUUCAAGCAGUACCUGUAAAUGCGUGCGGUAGAGAAUAGAGAAUUAGCGGCUUCUUAUGUACAUGUUACCAUUAGUUAAAUAAUGAACCGGUAUGAGGCAUGAUAUUUCUGAAAAUCCAUCAAGGCUAUAUAAAAUACUGUGAAGAGAAGUAGGUGAUGUAGAGCACAAAGGAACGAUAAGCGUUAUCUGCCACGUGACCCCGG